AUGAACAAACAAUUGGCUUCCAAAUUUCUCGAUGCUAUAUCUCAUGAAAGAGAUCAAGAUGUGGAAAUAACUUCACAAUUAUUAAAUUCUUUACCCUUAUCCAAACUAAUUGAAAAUGGAUACGCUAUUUCAAAUUUACUUUUAGAGAAUAUUAAGACAGGUCUUGGUGGUAAACUUUACUUAGAGUUAUCCCCCGAUAAUGCUAUUAAUGAUUCCAUCGUUAAUAAUGGUAAUAUUAAAACUGGUGAUAUCGUCUUAAUUAAACCUUUAAUCUCACAUUCAAAUAAAGCCAAACAUCAUCGUAACAAGAAGGCCCACGAGCACAAUGGUGAUAUUGAUACCAAUGAUACUGACAAUAUUCAAUGUGACGGUACUAUCUUUAAGAUUUCUGACCAACAAAUUACAAUAGCAUUGAAUGAAUCCUCUCAAGAACCCCAAGAAAACAUUACCACGAAAUUAUACUCUUUUAAUAGACUAUACCUCUUGAAGACGACAAAUACAAUUACUUAUAAAAGAAUGGAAUCUACAAUGAGGAAAUUAUCUGAAUUUGAAGGCAUUCCAUCAAACAAAAUUAUCCAAUAUUUAUUAAAUGAAAGACCAUUCUUAAAACAAACAACUUCUAGUAACAAUAUCCAAUUUCAUAAUGAGAAUUUAAAUCAAUCGCAACGGGAGGCAAUUAAAUUCGCGUUAAUUAAUGACAUUAGUAUCAUCCAUGGCCCCCCAGGGACAGGUAAAACAUACACUUUAAUUGAAUUAAUUCAACAAUUAGUGGAACGUGGUCAAAGAAUCCUAGUUUGUGGCCCAUCAAAUAUCUCAGUGGAUACUAUCUUGGAAAGAUUGAAUGGUGUAUUACCAGGAAAUUUACUCCUGAGAAUUGGUCACCCUGCAAGAUUAUUGGAUUCCAAUUUAAGACAUUCUUUGGAUAUUUUAAGUAAAUCUGGAGACGCAGGGGCCAUUGUGAAGGAUAUUUAUCAUGAUAUUGAUAAAACCAUAUCUGGAAUUAAAAAAUUGAAAUCGUAUAAAGAUAAACGAGAAAGUUGGAAAGAAGUUAAAGAAUUAAGGAAAGAAUUACGUAUUAGAGAAAGGAAAGUUAUUAACGAUUUAAUACUUGAGGCAAAAGUGGUCGUGGCAACUUUACAUGGAUCCAGUAGUAGAGAUCUUUGUAAGCUUUAUAACGAUGAAAGUGUCACGAGUUUGUUCGAUACACUGAUCAUUGAUGAAGUUUCACAAAGUUUGGAACCUCAAUGUUGGAUUCCACUAAUUUCUCACUAUAAAUCUGAUAUUUCAAAAUUGGUUCUUGCCGGUGAUAAUAAACAAUUACCACCAACAAUCAAAACUGAAGAUAAUAAACUUGUUCAAAAAUUAUUACAAACAACGUUAUUCGAUAGAUUAGUGUCUAUAUACGGCGACCAAUUUAGGAAACUUUUGAAUGUUCAAUAUAGAAUGAAUGAAGAAAUUAUGGAAUUCUCUUCAAAUGAAAUGUAUGAGGGGAAAUUAUUAGCUGACGUUACAGUGGCUUCUCAUUUAUUAUCGGAUUUAUCUGGUGUAGAUUCAAAUGAAGAUACUGAUAUACCUUUAAUAUGGUAUGAUACGCAAGGUGAUGAAUUUAUGGAAUCGGUAUCUGACUCAAAUACAAAUAACAACAACAACAACAACAACAAUAAUCCCUUGGCAUCUUCCAAAUUCAAUGAGAAUGAAGCUCUAGUGGUGAAGGAUCAUGUAGAGAAACUAAUUGCUAGUAAUGUACCACAAGAAUGCAUUGGUAUAAUAUCACCAUAUAGUGCACAAGUAAAUCUAUUGAAAAGUUUGAUAAGAACAGAUUAUCCAUUGAUUGAAAUUUCAACCGUAGACGGAUUCCAAGGUCGUGAAAAGGAAGUUAUAAUAUUAUCUCUAGUGCGUAGUAAUGAUAAAUUUGAAGUUGGGUUCUUAAGUGAUGAUAGAAGAUUAAAUGUUGCGAUGACGAGACCAAAGAGACAAUUAUGUGUAGUUGGUAAUAUUGAAUGUUUACAAAGAAGUCAAGUACCAUUUUUGAAAAAAUGGGCUGAUUGGAGUGAAGAAAAUAGUGAAAUUAGAUAUCCUGAUAUUAAUGAUUUGUUAUAA